AUGGCUGGAGGAAGUGGUCUGGGAUCGAGGACUUCGUCCAGCUCUUCGCUUCGUCAGACACCCAAUUCCCCGUUAAGACAGUCGAGCAAUGAUGGGGAAGCGAUACCUACAGACACGGGAAACGGAGGCAUCGGGGGGGAUAAAAACAUAGUGUUGCGAGAUACCAGUAGACAAGAGCAGUCACCUCAAAAUGUGCCUGGUACUGAUCCGCCGAGACAGUCCCUCCAUCGAGUACGGUUUUCGACCGACAUUGACCGAGUUGAACAGGCUACGUCAUCUACGAGGGCCACCGACUCAGACUCUGAUACGUCUCCGACAAUUACUACUCCGGCCGUACUCAAGGUAGCUCCUUCAAACCGUAACCGAGGAUACUCACUUCGUCGAGCUCUCUUCAACCGGAGCCUUAUAUCAAAAUCGCCGGAAGAAACUGAUUUGGAACACAAUACGGCUUCUACAAGCGGGCAGGGUGACGAAAAGACCAUUGGCAGUGAUAUAUCUCAUGAGCUCACCGCGGAAAAAGAUGACUAUGGGACCUUGCCUCAGCAGCCGGAUUUCUUGAGUUCAGCGACUUCCUUCAUAACUACCAAACGAGUGAAGAAGUAUUCCAUAACCCACACCAUAAAUAGCUGGCUCAUUCUUCUUCUUUCCUUAUUCAAGACGCACGUCCUACGUAUAAAAGAUAUCCCCCCAAGCGCUGAUGGCAGACACAUUGACCUCGAUGCUCAUAACACUAAACCUCGGGUUGAUGAACGCACUGGAAAGCACUAUAUAUCCAAUACGAUCCGCUCAAGUCGGUAUAGCAUAUGGAGUUUCCUGCCCCGUCAACUAAUCGCGCAGUUCUCGAAACUUGCAAAUUUCUAUUUUCUAUGCGUUGCGAUCCUGCAAAUGAUACCUGGCCUAAGCACCACGGGCACGUUCACCACUUUUGUACCUUUGGUUAUCUUCGUGGGAAUCUCGAUCGGUAAAGAAGGGUACGAUGACUUCCGUCGAUAUCGACUUGAUAAAGAAGAGAAUAAUCGAAUUGCAUCUGUACUGCGUCCGUCCCAGGAGAUGCAAGAUGAAUGUUACGAGUCUCUGCCAAAAACAGCAUGUGAUGCCAACUCGAAGUCCACAGAACACUCACAACCAUGGAUGAAUGUGAAAUGGGUAAACAUACAGGUUGGUGAUAUUAUAAAGCUUGAGCGUGACCAGGCAGUGCCUGCAGACAUCGUUUUACUGCAUGCCAACGAUCCCAAUGGGAUAGCAUACAUCGAAACGAUGGCAUUAGAUGGCGAAACCAAUCUUAAAAGCAAGAAACCAUGCCCUGUUGUUGCUAAAACGUUUGGCACAGUGGAUGAUAUUAUCAAUGACCGGUCAACCCACUUUGUACUCGAAGAUCCAAACAUUGACCUUUACAAGUUUGAAGGGAACGUUACAGUAGGAGAUGAGACCGCACCCCUGACUAAUACUGAGGUCGUUUACCGUGGUAGUAUCCUCCGCAAUACUCACCAGGCAAUUGGAAUGGUGAUAUAUACGGGGGAAGAAUGCAAAAUCCGCAUGAAUGCCACUAAAAACCCCCGUAUCAAAGCUCCAGCACUUCAAAAUAUGGUCAACCGCGUCGUGGCUGUUAUCGUCGUCUUUGUGGUUGCUCUAGCAGGUGCAUGUACGAUUGCAUAUAAAUACUGGUCUCGCAGCACGGAACGCAUGUCGUGGUACCUUGAAAGAGCAAAUGUUUCAUACGGUCCGAUAUUUACCUCCUUUUUAAUCAUGCUGAACACAAUGAUUCCUAUCUCACUCUAUGUGAGUUUAGAGAUUGUCAAGGUGGCUCAGAUGUUUCUAUUGAAUGAUGUCGACAUGUAUGAUGAGCCGUCGAACACGCCACUAGAAGCCAGAACUUCGACAAUCAAUGAGGAACUUGGGCAGAUUAGGCAUAGUUAUGUAUUUUCUGACAAAACCGGCACAUUGACCGAUAACUCGAUGCGUUUCCGCAAGAUGAGCGUUGCUGGAACCGCUUGGCUUCAUGACCCUGAUCUAGUCCAGGAAGCUGCUGAUGAGGCAACAAAAAAACUACUCCUCCGCCGUCACAGCAAGGGCAAGAAAUCUGCUCGCGUAAAGUCAUUUGGUGAUCAAAACAUGGGUCGGCCAUCUGGAAUAUCCAGACCGUCUGGUGUCUCCCAAACAACCACCCAUGAAUUGGGGCCGUGGAAACCUAGCAAGAAAUCUCGUUCAUACCAUGGUGGAAAGACCACAGAGAUGCUGCAAUACGUUAUGCAAAAGCCGCACACACUAUUCGCAAAGAGGGUACGAUUCUUCAUCAUCGCCAUGGCCCUAUGCCAUACCUGUUUGCCGGAGUGCGGGCAGGAUGGUGAGUAUUCGUUUCAGGCCGCAUCACCGGACGAAGUUGCCCUCGUCACUGCUGCAAAAGAGCUGGGGUAUCUUGUCUCUGACAGGCAGCCAAACAGCAUCACCCUUCGACGAUCGGAAGGCAGCAACGAUGACAUCAUUGAAGAGACAUACGAAGUUUUAGAUAUAAUUGAGUUUACCAGCUCACGGAAACGCAUGUCAGUUGUUGUACGCUUGCCAGAUGGGAGAAUUUGUGUGUUUACAAAAGGAGCUGAUUCGACCAUCACUCGGCUCCUGAAACAGGCUUCCCUGGCUGGUGAAAAGAUCCAGGAAAUAGAGCGUCGUGCCAGUAAACGCAAGGCAAUGGAGAGUAUGGAAAUUAUCCGUCGGAAUAGUGAACAUAUCUCUCGUGGUGGGAGGAAAAGUCUCAGCAUCCAUCGAUCCAGCUUUGCAGGCCGACGCUCUAGCAUUUCGGGUAAUCAGGGCCAGUCUAUUCGCCAGAGCAUCGAUGUGUGGCUACGUGACCGUGAGACAGACGGCGGAUUAGAUAUCAUAGACGACAGGCAUGAAAUGUAUAACUACAGCCCGCGGCCAUCAGUGCAGCUUGGUGGCAGGGGAAGUCCACGUAUCUCAUUUCAGACCGAUGAUGGGGCCGCAGAUGAAGAACUGGUUGAUGAAUCCCUGGUGACGAACGAGCCAUUGGUAUUUGAGCGCUGUUUCCAGCAUCUGAAUGAUUUCGCAACAGAAGGGUUACGUACCCUUUUGUAUGCAUACCGGUUUAUUGGGGAGUCAGAGUAUAAAGAGUGGAAACAGGUCUAUAAAGAAGCAACAGUGAGCUUGUUUAAUCGGCAAGAAAAGAUUGACGAGGCGGGUGAGCGGCUUGAGACGCAACUCGAGCUAAUUGGUGCCACAGCAAUAGAAGAUAAACUUCAGAAAGGUGUUCCGGAGACUAUUGAUAAAUUGCGACGGGCAAACAUCAAACUCUGGAUGUUGACGGGGGAUAAGCGCGAGACGGCAAUUAAUAUCGGUCACUCAUGCCGACUUGUUAAGGAUUAUUCGGCAGUCGUCAUUCUGGACCAUGAGACUGGGACGGUAAAGCAGACCAUUGCUUCUACAAUAGAGAGUAUCAGCACUGGCGGCGUGGCGCACUCUGUCAUUGUGGUGGAUGGACAGACUCUAUCCGUCAUCGAGGGCGAUGAAGCUCUGAGAGAGCACUUCUUCCACUUGGCCAUCCGCGCGGAUUCAGUGAUAUGCUGCCGCGCGAGUCCCAAGCAAAAAGCAUUCCUCGUCCGCUCGAUUCGCAAACGGGUCAACGGUGCCAUUACUCUUGCGAUAGGUGAUGGAGCGAAUGAUAUCGCCAUGAUUCAAGAAGCCCAUGUUGGUAUCGGAAUCACGGGUAAAGAGGGACUCCAGGCAGCCAGAAUAUCGGACUACUCAAUUGCACAGUUCAGGUUCCUGCUGAAACUGCUCUUGGUCCAUGGACGAUGGAACUAUGUGCGUGUGUGCAAGUAUACGCUGGGCACCUUCUGGAAAGAGACGUUGUUCUACCUCACGCAGGCACUCUUCCAGCGCUGGAACGGGUACACAGGUACUAGUUUAUACGAGCCAUGGAGUUUAAGCAUGUUCAACACGCUUUUCACCUCGUUACCGGUGAUAUUCCUUGGUAUAUUUGAAAAGGAUCUUGCAGCGAGUACGCUUCUCGCCGUUCCAGAGCUGUACACUAAAGGUCAGCGUAACGAAGGGUUCAAUAUUCCAGUCUAUCUUGGAUGGGCUACGGUAGCAGCUUGUGAGGCAAUGUUGGUCUACUUUGUCAUGAUGCGUCUGUUUGGGGACGCAAUUUUCACCGUCGACAAUGGGAUCUUCGCGAUGGGCUUGCUCACCUAUUCUGCCUGCGUGAUCAUCAUCAACCUAAAGCUCCAAUUCCUCGAAAUCCACAACCACACGGUUCUGACGCUCAUCCCACUCGUACUGUCCAUUGGCGGGUGGUGGUUAUGGAACAUCAUCCUGUCGGAGCAGUACAAGCACUCGGAGAUCUAUAACGUGCGCAACAACUUUAUUCACGUGACCGGGAAGAAUGCGCUGUGGUGGAUGACGUUGAUUGUGAUAGUGGUCAUCAUAAUCUUGUUCGAGAUUACUAUCGCCACAGUGCGCAAAACGCUGUGGCCUACGGAUGUGGAUCUGUUCCAGGGGUAUGAGAAAGAUCGAGAUGUGAAGAGACGUUUUGAAGAGGCGGCUGCUUCGGAGUUGGCGCAGGGAUGGGAAGUCGAGCGCCUUGGAGAGAGAAAGAAUGACGUGGAGGCAGGGCAAGCAGAAGAAGACGAGAUGCAGGUCCAGAAACUGAUCGAACGGCGGACCAAGGAUGAGCAGCAGCAACAACAGUAA